GUAGUAGACCGCGGAGCGCAUCUUUGUUUUAAUUCUUUCAGACCAAACUCGCGGAUUUAAAGAAAAAUGGAGCGCUUUUGGCUGUUUUUGGUUUUGCUACAACUGCAUAUCCAUUGUUUUGGAUCCGUUAGUGCCUCAGACAAAAACUGGAAGAUAAUUAAGGAUAACAUUGCAAACGCCAUCAAAGCCUACACACCCUGCAACCCUGACAAUUGUGGUUGCCAUAUAAGUGUCCUCCAUGAUGACCUGCGGCAAUUUGAAGGUGGUAUUUCUGAAGAUUUCAUGGCUUCUACCAUCAAAAGAGGAGUGGGCACACAUUACCAGAUCAUUGAUCAUAAAUUAUACAGGGAACACAACUGUAUGUUUCCUGCCAGGUGCAGUGGGGUGGAGCAUUUUAUCUUGGAGGUGAUUGACCGGCUCCCAGAUUUAGAGAUGGUUGUGAAUGUUCGGGACUACCCUCAGGUUCCAAACUGGGUCCAACCAAUUCUGCCUGUCUUCUCUUUCAGUAAGACCAGUGACUAUCAGGACAUCAUGUAUCCUGCCUGGACCUUUUGGGAAGGUGGACCCGCUGUGUGGCCAAUAUACCCCACUGGAUUGGGACGAUGGGAUUUGAUGAGAGAUGACCUCAAAAAGUCUGCAUCACAAUGGCCAUGGGAGAAAAAGGAAUCCAAGGGUUUCUUUAGAGGCUCUAGAACUAGCCCUGAGCGUGAUCCUCUUAUCCUGCUAUCAAGGGAGUCACCAGAACUAGUAAACGCAGAGUAUACCAAAAAUCAGGCCUGGAAGUCAGAAAAGGACACAUUGGGUAAACCUCCAGCCAAAGAAAUCCCACUUGUUGAUCACUGCAAAUACAAGUAUUUAUUUAACUUCAGGGGAGUAGCCGCCAGUUUCCGAUUCAAACACCUCUUUCUCUGUGGCUCCCUGGUUUUUCAUGUCGGUGAUGUGUGGCUGGAGUUUUUCUAUCCUCAACUCAAACCAUGGGUUCACUACAUACCAGUCAAACAAGACCUAUCAGAUGUCAGGGAACUUCUUGAAUUUGCUAAAGACAACGAUGCAAUUGCACAAGAGAUUGCUUCAAGAGGGCGGCAGUUCAUCCUUGACCACCUUAAAAUGGAGGACAUUUCAUGUUACUGGGAAAAACUUCUCACCGAGUACAGCAAACUUCUGACCUACAAACCAAAACGAAGAAAUGGCUACAAUCAGGUUAUUAGCAAAUUUAGAAAAACAGAACUCUGAGGAUGGUACAGUGCCUUAGAUGAACAGUAGUAGUAUAAAAACUGCAGUAUGGAAAAGGGAACAACCAACUGAAACAAAAGUGCUCAGUGUGCCAAUACAAGCUCAAAUAUUAGGUGUAUGUUUUAUGUUUCACAGUGCCACAACUCCCUGCAGUAGUUUCAGUGCCUUUUUACUGUGAUGAUAAGGCCUUCAUCAUUUGUUAUGUCUCAAAUUCAGAUGACAUCUUUUGAACUACAGUGCCCUCUACUGACCAGUAUGGGAAUAGUUUUAUCUGCUAUCUCAUACACAGAAACAAAAAACUGAAGCACGCUUCGAGCUCUCAUGGGCUAAAACUGUGUCAGCUUUAGGUUUCUUUGAACAUUUAAAGAACACAAAAAUUGAACACAAAAUAGAUUCUUCUGAGCUUUAACUAUGUUAUAAUGUUGUUACUGCCUCAAAGCCAUCCAGAGUUGUAUUUUGUUUCAUUGACACAUAUCUGAGUAAUUAUUAGUCUAUCUACAUCUCCAAAGCUCAAAAUGCUCUGUUCAACCUUGUGAUAUCACAAAGCGAUAAUUUUCAAGAUGACAGCUACCUUUACCUUUUAAUUCAAUAGAGAUUGGACAUGACAUCACAAGGUGGUGUUUUCCAUUUGAGAGGCUGAGUUGCCUAAAUCUGCAGGGCUUGUGUCUCAAACAUGUGUGAAUGAAACAAAACACAAAGAAACACAACACAACAUUCUGACUGCUUGUGCGUAUGUAGAUGUAUUGUGUUUGAUUAAUGACUUUUGUCUUGAUGGUAAUGUUGUAAUACUCAUGAAUUUGGUAACUACAAUUUAGAGGAUAUCGAGAACAAUGAUUUGGAUUUUUUUGUAUUUUUAGAAGAUAAAUGAAUUUGAAACUUUAUAUUUAUGGGAAUUAGUGUUCUUGAGUUUUAAAUGUGUAAUGAUGAAGUGGAUAGUGGUUAUUUAAGGAGGCAUUGCUAUUGAUGAAAUGUGGUGGUUUAAUGUAAAUAGUCUCUUUAGUCCUUGUCCUUGUUUAAAUAGAUAAAAAAAAUACAUCUUUUAUACCAGUGCAGUCAAUCAAAACCAUUAAAUUGACAAUGCAGUCAGUUAAAAAAGUCUAAAUGAUGCCUUCUGUUAUAUAAUUUAUUAUGAGCGAGCACAUCUCAUGUUUCUCAGUGUAGUUUUCGCAAAAUAAUUACACACUGAAUGUGUUGCCGUGGCUACAGUGAAUAUGUUGUAAUAUUCACAUUGUACCAACACCUAGGGUCAGAUUUCUGUCAAUGAUUAAAAAAUGGCAAUCCACGCUUUGCUACAAUAAUGUACAUCUGACCAAAACACUGUGAUUUUUGUACAAAGACAAUUUGUGUGUUAAAUAAAUAUGUUAAAAAUAUUAAA